AUGUCAAACUUUGAAGCAGGUAAGCUUUACGAGGCAGUCAUAGAAGAAGUCAUAGCAGAUUCUCGUCAAGACUUCGAGGACACUGGGAUCGAUGAGAGCACACUCCAAGAUUUGAAAAAGCUUUGGUGCGAGAAACUAAGUCAAUCUCGAGUCGGAAAUUUCUCUUGGAACGACGUGGAUGAGCUAGACAGCGGAAUCCAUUCCAGCUUGAUUCCCAAUGCGGUCAAAGAUGAACCCCUUCUGUCCCAUCAGGGCCUCGAUAUGCCUCAUAUUUCACAGUACGACCCGGCCCAAACCAAUUCAACGAAUGAGUUGGCUGGCCAUACAGGCUCUAGCUAUACUAUGGGGAUUGAAUUGCCUACGGUAAAGCAAGAAUAUACUGAAGAAAACGGAUUGAUACUUCCCAAGGUCAACCAGUCUGAUGGGCCGAUAGAGUUCAGCAUGGAUGCCAACUCAACAACAAUGAAGUGGAUAAAAGAGGUAUCAAAGCGGCAGUCCGAUGGAGGGGCUCAAGACUUUGGUGGUUUAGGUGAGGAAGAUGAUGAAGAUGAUGAGAAUGAUAACGGCGAUGCUGAUGGUGCAGUUUUCAACGAUUCGGAUGAUAUAAAUUCAGACCUAGACGACGAGCUUGAUUCUGAAAAGUCGGAUGAUGACGAUACAGAGCAGGAGGGACAAAUAAUGCUUUGCUUAUAUGAUAAAGUGCAAAGGGUCAAGAACAAGUGGAAAUGUAAUUUAAAAGAGGGUGUUGCUAAUAUCGAUGGCAAGGAUUUUGUGUUUCAAAGAGCAACCGGGGAAAGUGAAUGGUGA